AGCGAGGAAGGAGAAGAGAGAAUAGCGAGGGGGGAGAGGAGAGAAUGGUGUCAUUUAGGGUGUCCAAGAAGGAUCCGGCCGAGGUGAAGCCAUCUCCGGCGGGGAGUGCCCAUUUCCUGGAGCGAUUCAUGGAAUUCGAGCAGGAAGGCUGCUACGAUGUGUUGCAGGGCACAAGCGUCGAUGCGACCGCGUUUCUGCCGGAAAAGAACGGGUUUGUGGCAGCUGCGAUCAAAGCUUACAGCUUCCAUCACAAUCUGGUGAUCCGGCCCGACGAUGUGUGGCUCGCCAUCGCUGUCCAGUUUGGAUUCUUCGUCAAUGGCAACGGGGAGGCGCUGCGAUCCAUCUUUGUGGAUCACGAGGGAAAGAAGGAGCUGGUUGUGUCCCAGCAGGCCGCGCUCCACAGCGGCGACUAUGGGCUCCUGGCGAGGGAGAUGAGUGUGGCGCUCAAGGAGACUGUCAAGGACGAGAAGGUUUGCGACUGGAUCUUGCCGAGCUUCUCGACCACGACCAAGAACGAUGUGGUGGUGGGCAGUGUGGUUCUCAUGGCCACCUUCAAGAGCUACUUCGAAUACAGGUUUCGUCUCUGCUGCGGGAUUCCAUACGUGACUCUCCUGGGAACCACCGAGGAUUGGGAGGAAAUCGAUCGGAGGGUGGACGAGCUGGAGAAAUACGGGAGCGAGUGCCAGAAGUGGCGUGUCAUGCUCAAGAAAAUCACCGCCCAGUUCGUGGAGAGCAGCAAAGGUAACGCUGACACGGACUUUUGGAACAGGAUUUGCCACCGGAUUGGAGGAGGAUCGGGCCCGCGAUACAUCUCCGGCUGGAUCUCUGCCUUCUGCGUCUUCGACAGCAAUGGACACUGGCGUGGCGAUGAAAAGUCCUACCGAAAGGACUUUUACAACGACGCUGUGGAGCUCGAGUAUCCAGUCAUCGAGGACAACAGUAUCCCUCCCGGCUACCUCACGGUGGAUGUCAAGGUGGACGACAACGGGAAAGCUUACGAGGCUUUCAUGUUUGCCGGACAUAUGAGGUACGAAGUUGUGGAGGACGACAACAAAGGGAUUGCUCCAAAGGCUGUCUGGGCCAUGACUCUCAAGGACAAGGCCAAGGCAAGGGUCACCAUUCGCCGCUUUUAGCCCGAAUGCCUCCUUCAAGUGGUUUAAACGCUUAAAACUGUUAUUAAGAGAUGAGUGUUUUGCUUAAAUGAUGAAUUUUGGUUUGCUUA